ACAAAAACAAAUUCAUACUGUAAUGGCUGCUUAGGCUUCCAGGUCCGAUUUUUAUAAUUUGCAGUGAAACUUGCGUACAUAUUUGUGGUACAGAGUAUAAAAAUAUAUUUCCAAGCAGCACACCACCGAGAUGACUUCCGCGUUAUAUUUGGAGCAUUACUUGGAUGGGUUAGAGCAUCUGCCAAACGAGCUGAAACGAAAUUUCACGCUUAUGCGAGAUUUGGACUCCCGAGCUCAGGUGCUGAUGAAAUCGAUCGAUGAAAAAGCAAAUGAAUUCAUGAAGCAGUUGGUCAACUCUAAGGAGAACUUUCCCGACGAUGUGAAGAAGGAGAAAUUGCGGGCAAUUCAGGAGCUCUUCAACAAGGCCAAGGAGUUCGGAGACGACAAGGUGCAGCUCGCCAUUCAGACGUACGAGUUGGUGGACAAGCACAUUCGGCGGUUGGAUUCGGACUUGGCUCGCUUCGAGGGCGAAAUCCAGGAUAAGACGCUGAACGCUCGUGAGAAAUCCGAGGAAACGGUCACGAAAAAGGGCGGUCGCAAAAAGGUGAAGGAUGCGAAGAGUUCCGCCAAGAAGAAGCGGGCCCAUUCCUCGGAGGACGAGGGUCGUGCCGCAGGCGUCAGUGGUGCCGGUGCUAGUGGCAAUGCCGCUGGAAAUACGAGCGCAAACGGUAAAGGCAAAAACACCAAGAAGCAGAAGGUAAAUCAAGAAGAGAAGGGACGCAAAGGUAAUAAGCAGAAAAACGCAGAACUGGAUGACAGCGCCCAGGAUGGUGGGCACGGAACUCCUCAUCCUAGCGAUGUCCUUGAUAUGCCAGUCGAUCCGAACGAGCCCACAUAUUGCUUGUGCCACCAGGUAUCCUACGGUGAAAUGAUUGGUUGCGAUAAUCCAGAUUGUCCCAUUGAGUGGUUCCAUUUUGCUUGCGUCGGGCUUACCACCAAGCCGAAAGGUAAGUGGUUUUGUCCCAAGUGCUCACAGGAUCGGAAGAAGAAAUAGAUGGUACCCAGAGAGCUACCGUGAACGAACGAAGCGAAGCAACUGCUUCGUGGAGAUGUUUGUAAUGUCGAACACUGUGCGUGAAUUGCUAGAGACGAAAGUUUGUCGAUGAGAUAUCUACAUAUUUGGAUGUGAUUGAUCGUUUUGGAUAUGAAUGUACGAGAAUAAAAUAGUAUUAUUGAUAUAUUUGAAUCUUGAUAAAUUUUCAAUCGACUACA